AUGGGCACCCAGGGCACAGGACGUAAAAGAAACAGCAAGAAAGAGAAAUCCACAGCAGAGGACGAUGCCCUCAAUCUCAUUGCCAGAGAGGCUGAGGCCCGACUGGCAGCAAAGAGGGCAGCGAGGGCAGAAGCCAGAGAGAUUCGCAUGCGGGAACUUGAGAGGCAACAAAAAGAGAUCUUUCAGGUGCAGAAGAAAUAUUACGGCUUGAAUACCAAAUCAGAUGACAGAUCAGACAGCAAAUGGGGAGAUAUUGAGCAAUGGAUGGAAGACAGUGAGCGAUACUCACGGUCACGGCCAUCACAGCCACACACGCUUUCGGAUGAAGAUGACCGGAUGUCUGUGGGAAGCAGAGGGAGCCUCAGGCCUUUAGAGUACAGUAGCUACCGCAGCACCAACUCCAGAACCUCCAGCCGGGCUAAUUCAGCCCGUACCAGUCCAGUGGUAGACGAUAGGGAUUAUCUUGAGAGAGGUUCUCGAUCAGCUUCUGCAUUAACAGCAACCACUCUUACCUCCCUUGGUGGGAAUUCCUCACGGAGAGGAAGUGUAGAGACUGCCAUCACUAUAGAUGCCGAAACUGCCUCGAGGGAAAUCAAGGACGCAUUAACAGAAGUGGAGGAGAAGUAUCGCAAGGCCAUGGUCUCCAACGCACAGCUGGACAACGAAAAGAGCAACCUGAUGUACCAGGUGGACACUCUAAAAGACUCGCUGACAGAACUUGAAGAACUGCUGUCUGAGUCAAGACGGGAGUACGAGGAAAAGGUCAAGGAAUUUGAACGGGAGAAACAUGCACACAGUGUUCUUCAAUUCCAGUUCAAUGAAAUGAAAGAGACACUGAAACAAAGCGAGGAGCUGCUAAAUGAAAUUCGUCAGUUACGCAUGAAACAAGAGGGUUUUGCUAGGGAAAUAACAGAUCUACAAGAGACAGUGGAGUGGAAGGAUAAGAAAAUCGGGGCCUUAGAGCGACAGAAAGAAUACACGGAUGCAAUCCGAAAUGAGCGAGAUGAGCUCAGAGAAGAGGUGGUGAAGCUGAAGGAUAUUCUUAAGAAACACGGAAUAGUACUGGGACCUGAUCUGAGCAUCAAUGGCGAUGCUGGUGUAACAGAAAUAGAAAGAAUCAGUGGAGACGCCGCUCCCCAGCCUCCUCAGGGCUCGCCAACUUCAACAUCAGAGGGCAACAGCAUGCUCGAAAUUCGCCUCAGGAAACUGGUGGAUGAGCGAGAAAAAAUGAUAGAGCAGAUAAAGAAGCUAAAAGCUCAGGUAGACCAAAAGAGCCUUAAAAAUGGCACUGAUGGCACUUUGAGCGCGGAAGGUGAACUUUUGGAAAACGGGAGUGAUCCCAACAUCAUUGAACUGCAGCGAGAUUCCAGCAGGCAAAUAAGCGACAUGAAGUUCAAACUCGUGAAGGCGGAGCAAGAAGUAACUGCAUUGGAACAAAAUGUGAGUAGACUUGAAGGUCAGGUGAGCCGCUACAAGAUGGCUGCUGAAAAUGCUGAAAAAGUGGAGGAUGAGCUCAAAGCAGAAAAGAGGAAGCUGCAGCGAGAGUUGCGGUCGGCACUGGACAAAGUGGACGAGCUGGAGUCCAACAACAGCCACCUAAAUAAGCGACUGGAGAAAAUGAAGUCCAGCCGUGGCAUGGCUCAGACACCGUAG